CCUCGUCCUCUUCCUCGUGCGAGCAGCGCGGCCAAGUUGCAGAGUGCCGCUCAGCCUCGACCGCGCGGCUGCCGCUUGACGCCGGGGGUCCCUGCAGAGGAGCGCCCGCCCGCCCGCCAGCCUCCAUGUGCGUGUCCGCUGCGUGCUGAGAUCGCGCCUGUCCCCCCUCCCUUACCCCCUUUCCCCCCUCCAUCAAAACGAAGCACGGAACUGACCAUGUCCAAUCCUAACCACGACCCCUUUUACUCGUCCCCCUUCGGACCCUUCUACCGGAGACACUCGCCCUACAUAGUGCAGCCCGAGUACCGGAUCUAUGAGAUGAACAAGCGGCUCCAGACGCGCACCGAGGAAAGCGACAGUUUGUGGUGGGACGCCUUUGCAACAGAGUUCUUCGAGGAGGACGCCAUGCUCACGCUGUCCUUCUGCCUAGAAGAUGGACCAAAGAGAUACACGAUUGGCCGGACGCUGAUCCCCCGCUACUUCAGCACGGUGUUCGAGGGUGGCGUGAGCGAGCUGCACUACAUUCUCAAACACUCCAAGGAGUCCUUCCACAACUCGUGCAUCACGUUGGACUGCGACCAGUGCACCAUGGUCACCCAACAUGGCAAGCCCAUGUUCACCAAGGUUUGCACGGAAGGUCGUCUGAUCGUAGAGUUCGCCUUUGACGACUUGAUGAGGAUCAAGACGUGGCACUUUACCAUUCGGCAGUACCGAGAGCUCAUCCCUCGCAGCAUACUGGCCAUGCAUGCACAAGACCCUCAGGUGCUGGAGCAACUGUCUAAAAACAUCACGCGCAUGGGUUUGACCAACUUCACCCUCAACUACCUCAGGUUGUGUGUCAUCCUGGAGCCCAUGCAGGAGCUCAUGUCCCGACACAAGACGUACAACCUCAGCCCACGCGACUGUCUCAAGACAUGCCUGUUCCAAAAGUGGCAGAGAAUGGUGGCGCCACCAGCUGGACACCCACAGAACUUCAAAACGGAAAUAUUCCCCACCAAUCACAAAAAAGGUCGCGCCAAAGCUGAGCCCGCCCGACAGACCACCACCAAGCGGCGGAAACGGAAGAACUCAGCCAGCAGCGCCAGUAGCAGCGUGGGCGCCGCCACAGGCAAGAAGCGCAGCCCGGCUACCAACUUCAGCCUCUCCAGUCAGGUACCUGACGUGAUGGUGGUGGGCGAGCCCACGCUGAUGGGCGGCGAGUUCGGCGACGAGGACGAGCGCCUGAUAACGCGUCUGGAGAACACGCAGUACGACGCCACCAACGGCCUGGACGACGACGACGACUUCACCGGCUCGCCGGCACUGACCAACAACGGGCCAUGGAGCGGCAAAGCGUCCAAUGGCGGCCCCGACGGCAAAGCGGAGAAUGCAGCGCCGCAGGCCUCGCAGUAGAAGUGACACAUGCAGAACAUUGACAGCAGCAAUAGCCACCCUGCCAGGACAUUUUAAAAAAUGUAUGUAAAUGUAAAAAAAUAGCAAGGUGUGGACUAUCUCCGCUGUGAUUGGUGGACUAGCGUCACAUGAUAUCACAAAAUGGAACUGGAAGAAAGUUUUGUUGUUUUUAAAAGCACCAGCUGACAUUGUUUGAAGCCACUGCAGUCACUCUUGCUUUUUUUCUGUUUCAAAUUAGCAGGAAAGAACAGUCCCUUUGUUUAGGCAGCAGAGCACGUAAUACAUCCGCCUCGCAUUUUUGAGGCUUGGAUUCAAAUCUUGCCAUCUCAAAAACAUGCAUGUUAGGUUGAUUGAACACUCUAAAUUCAGCAUAGGUGUGAAUGAUUGUCUAUAUGUGUCCUGUAAUUGGACGGAAACCAGUCCAGGGUGUAACCCACCUUUCGCCCAAAGUCAGCUGGGGUAGCCCCGCCCCCAUACACACAAUGGUUGCCGCCAUUUCCAUGCAAAGCAGUUGGAUUGGGUCUCCCACUCUGUGGAUUUGUCUUUAAAAAAUGGGCUUUUCUCCCUUUAAUACUUCCAAACUGCAUGAUUUUAUAGGGUUUAUUUGAUUUGAUUAUUUUUGUUAAUUUCAUAUACGUGCUUUAUAUUAAAAAAAAAUGCAACAAUCUUAUUGUCCUCUAUCAGUUUGGCAAGGUUUGUAAGUGUAAAUAGAAGUCUAUUUUGAAAGCAGUUGGGAAACAGCAGCUGUUUUGUUUUCUAUGGAAGGUUCCAAACUAUUCCAGGAUGGGUCGAAAUGCCCCCAAUCCUACCCUCCGCCAACCUGUUUUAGCUAGUGCACAACCAAAGCAAAAAUACAACACGGCCGCAGGUGCAUAUCAAAGCAAAGCCAUCCUGCAGAAAUGCCACGCUGUCCCUUUCAUUGUGUUCACAAGACUUCUUCAAUUUGGCGAUUUACUCUGCCUGCAAAAAUUAGGAUUCUCCCCCAGCCCCCCCCCCUCAACCAUAGUAUCAGAACCGUGACAGACGUGUCGCCGGCUGUGUGUAGGGGAAUUCCGCCACGCCAGAAUGUCCGACUCUCACUUCUCCCACAUAGAUGUGUUAAAAGCAAUUAUCACUUUCGGACAACAAUUUUUACACCUUUACGAUAUACCAACAGAGCCGUAACACAGACGGGACGACGCACAUGUAUAGGAACUCUGUACAGAGGGACAGGGUUGGAAAGUUUAACACCCAAUGCCCACUUCUCUGGUUCACUGUGUUAAAAGCAAUUGUCAAGUUUGUUUUACGUCACACCAGUGUAACACAAACCGGAUACCACAACUUCCAGUUUUUGCUGGGUUCCAUCAUUCAACCUAAUCGGUUCUGCUGUUAUGAUAUUUUGCAGGAUCUCUGUGUGAAAGAGGAUACAAUAAAGCAAAGCUUAUAAGCCAGUAUCCUCUUUCACACGGCCUGUUAAAAGCUGAAUUAUACCUCCUUUUUUUGUCUCUAUUCUGUAAAAGCGGAAGAAUGACAUAAUGAAAUGGCAAGUUUACAUUAUUGCAGGUAAAAUCGGGUCCAUAACAGCACGUACACACAUGAACAUGUGCCAUCGUUGCCGGGUUAUGUGUAAAAGGGAAAGGCAGCUCUGUUACGACAUCUCUGUGGUCCAGGAGCGGAAGCUCGUGGCAAUAUCCCACCUUUGCGCAGUUCUUCUAAACACCAAAAGCGGAUAAUUGUCAGUUUAUCUGUUGUAGCUCUGAUGUUGAAAUAUUGCAGUAUCUUUGUGUUGAAACGGGCUACAUUUUUGCUAACUUUGUGAACCAGUAGCCCACUUGUACACUGAAUACAAAAAACUGGCUUUUUUUUCUCACCAACAUCAAAUGAGGGUAGAAACCCGACAGAUCGCAGGAUACCGCAGACAACCGCAGCAAUAAUAUCUCGCUGCUAAGGCUCCAAUUUGGCCAUUUUGCAGGCUCUCCAUAUGAAAGGAGGCUUCUCGGUUGAACUUUUCCCAAGAAGACAAAAGGUGCAUGUCUUCACAUGACUGCUUAUUUACUUGUGCAUUUUUUUUUUUGUGAGGAAGCGAAACACAUACAUUUCUGAAUAUGUUUGAGGCUAGUAUUAUUAGACACCGUUUGUACAUUAUAUAGCAGAGGUGUUCUGUGUCAUAUCUGAUGUCUGGUAUGUAUGCUUUACCAUUAACUUGUGCCAAUAAAACCGUGCUUACAAAUAA